UGAGUUCUCACUUGAAUGUCAAAGCUGGCACUGAAGCAGCCACAGAAAGCGACAGGGAAACAGAGGUGCGACCACGCAGCACUAAGCUGUGCGAUUAACGCAGUCGGCCUCGUGAAGCUUUGCCUUAAGAAUGCAAAGAAUAGAGCUAGAACCACGGCCGCCGCGCAGCCGGGGCAGGGCGGGCCCCGCCGCUCCCUCAGGCGGCCGCCGGGCACACAGUGGCCUUUCCCCGGUCCCUGGGGCGCUGGCGGCGCCAUGGGGGAGCGCGGCGACCCCGAAGGGCUGGAGCUGGAGCUGGAGCUGGGGCGGGAGAGGCGGAGGCAGCAAAUGCUUGAAAAUUCAAUAUUUGAAUUGAGAAAAACAGUAACAGAACUGGAGAAAAAGCUUAGCAGUGUUGAAGAUGAGGGUAAUGAGUGGAAAACCAGAUAUGAGAUGCAAGUAGAAUUGAAUAGACAGCUGCAAAGGCAAAUUGAUAUUCUUAAAGACAAGGUGGAGCUUAUUCGUGGAAAUCCAACAGAUAAACUGGCCGUUGUUCGCAUCUUUGAUCAAAUGCCUGUGGACUCCUUAAAGGAGGUUCUUGAACGACUAAAAGAAGAGAAGAAAAGUCUCCAGAAUCAGCUAAAAGAUUAUGAACUUAGACUGGAACAAGAGGCAAAGGCUUACCACAAAGCUAAUGAUGAGCGGCGCAUGUACCUUUCAGAGAUUUUGGAGACCUCAGCUAUGCUUAAAACUGUUGAAAGGCAAAAAAUGGAUGCUCUGACAAGCAAGGGAAAAAAGCAGACACUGAGAGGGAGAUGCAGCGUUCCGCAAAACCUGAAGAUGGUUAAUCCCCAAAAAGGACCAAUUAAAAAUACUGCAGGAGUAAAGCAGCUUCCAAAACUAAAAUCCUGAUUUAAUAUACAUUUUUUUAACUGAAAAUUUCUAAAUCAAAAAUGAAUGCAUUUGUGCUAUACUGCACCAAACCCAGACCAGCACAUCUUCUUGGCAGCCUUAGUAUAAGUUUGUCUUUGCCUGUUGGAGUUGUUCUUCUAGUUGACAUUUUUGUUCUGGUGAUCUCUGACUCUUUCCAUUCUGGUUCUCAUCAGUUAUUCUGAGCAUCUGGGAGCUGGGAGCUUUGGAGAACAUUUAAUUUGUUUAUAUACUAGGUAGAUCUGGUAGAACUGGUAGGUAGAACUGUUGAACAUAAAUAAGUCUGUAAUAUUUUUGACAUCUCAACCAAGGAAAAAAGAACGCAGAGUGAUAUAACCUGAAAUGUAAUCUCUCUACACAAAACAGUAAAUCUCUGUAGAAAUUCCAUCCAAAACCAUCUGGUGUAGCAGCGAAGAAAACAUUCAAGUAGUCUGAUGUUGGUGCAGCUGAAUAUGCCUUUCAUUUCUCUUUUAAGAAGACCAGCAAUAGCCAGUACCAUACAGUAGAGUUCCUUUGCAAUAUAAAGUUGUUUAUUUUUUUUCCAUGACCUUUAUUACUCCAGCAGAGAGACAAAACACAUCCAAAUUUAACUUUUUAAAAAGUUGGCUUGCCGUAGAUCCCAUUACCUUUUGUUUGUAUGGCCUACGAGCACACUGUCACAUUUAGCUAUUUUAGGCACUAGUUACAGAGAGAAAUGAAAGAAAAAUUGAGCAUUUUUAAUGAAGGAUUCUUCAGAACGUGUCUUGCAAGGGGGAUUGUUUCUUUUAAACAUUACGCUCACAUUAUGUUUCCUGAUAUUGGUAUGGUGCUAUCUGCAAUUUGAAUUCUCAUGUGGAUGUUUUUAUCCACAGUCUGGGUUCCAUAAAAAUCUUUAUGUAUUGUUCAGUGGCACUGUUCCAUAUAUUUUUAGGGCCCCGAAUAGUGCCAGUCUUUAAUCUCUUCAAUGAAAAGUAGGACUACUUUGUGUUUUCAUUCUUAAGAAUGCAGUCGUAGUUUCAUUACCUACAGCAUUUUAGUCAUUAAACUUUGACAGAAUUAAGUAGCAGCAGAAAAAAUGUUUUGGUAAUGAAGCUUCAAGCUUCUGGGUUACAUCGUAAAAGCUCUUGGCAAAGAAAAUAUGAUUGAUUGACUGCCCUUUAUUAUUUUUAAGAGCAUCCCUAGCUCUUUGCAGUAUCUAGUAAAGGUUUUUGCCUCUUUAAGAGCAGUACAAAUAGUUCCUUAUUACUGGCAGCACUAAAGUGAGGCUGUAAUUAAACUCUUACAAAAAGAUCAAUGAUGCCUUUAUAAGAUCCAGGGAAAGAAGACCUGCAGUAUUGUACAGCAUAUUCAGUAUGCAGAACUCGUUUUUCUCUUAUGUAGCGUGAGACUUAUUACAGAUAUUUCUCAUGUUAUUCUGAUGCACCUGGUAUAAUUCUUUCCUAAGCAGGCUGGUCUGCGUAGCACAGCUGAUGAGGGUGGCACUCUUCUGUUCCUGUUUUUACAUGGAAAGUUUCCCAAUUUUAUUUGUCAUUGUGGAGAGAGAGAAAAAAUCACCAUAAUGGUUCUGUUGGCGUAAAAGACAAGGACAUCUGCAGUAGCAAAGAAUAUCCAGUUCUUGGAUUCAUGCUGCAGACAUUGCUGCUGUCUCUAAAUCAAAUGUUAGUCAGUGCUGUUGACUGUAGUCCUUGUAACACUUCGGAAGAAUUGGAAACUGCACCAGCAUGACACAACAGCAUUUGUUCACAGCUGGAGACUUGAUUCCUUCCCUCAUGGGUAGUCCUUACUGAGGUAACAAUUCUGAAGCUUUAAAAGAGACAUUCAUUGUUAACUGUUGGUGCAAUAACGACCUGAGGAGAGGAGCAGACUGUGUCCUCUUAGUCCCUGUUUCAGCGUGCCAGGAACAAGAUCAGGAUUUGAAACUCAGCAGUCUGGUAAUUAAGCCCUGAAGCAUGUGUUUCACCAUUCUAAUUAUGUGUCCAGCUGUAGCAUUUGCCUUGCAAAGCGGUUAUAGUUCUCUGCUCCUUACUGUAGAAAUUACUUGCCACUUCAUUUUCCUCCUGUCUUUCUGCAAAUAAGGGCAGGCUGAUGACUGAGUUUGAUCAGUUGAGUUUCUUUGCAACAGCAAAAAGGUAAUUCUUGGUUUCAGAAGUGUUUUGUUCUAACUUUGGGCCUGAAUAAAACAUUUACACUGUUAA